AUGGAGGAUCAGGUGUUUCGGGCCAAAUACCAAAAGUGCAAGUAUCGUGUGAAGCAGUGGGAAAAAGAGUUUAAGAAAAAACAUGGCCGUAUUCCGUCGAAGCUCGAUAUACGCGACUCACCGAGUGAGAUUAAAAAUUCGUACAAAAUGUACUACCAGCUGAAAACAACUCUGCUGAAAAACACGCUGCUGGAAGCAUUGGACGAUGAUGAAGAUUUCGAUGGGUCAUUAAUGUCCCAAGAGUCGAGUUUUUCACAAGAACCGAGCGACAUCUCGGGGAUGCUAUCGUCCGGUACAAUCUUGAAUGAUGUUGCCCUUGCCGACACGAGCUCGUCGAUGAGCAGCUUGCUAACGAAACCGAUUGCCGGCGUACGGUCCGAUUCAACGUUCGAGGCGGAAAAACUCCAACAGCACAAUUUAAUCGCUUGGCAGGGUGAGAAAAGUCGCAAAAGUGUUCAAACUGCCAAAAAAGCAGUAGAAGCAACUGAAACACCCAAACCGGUAACACUGAAAGGGAUGCAGCUCAUCCAUCAACAGAGCUUACUAAUUCCUAAACGUAAUCCGCGUAAAUCACUUUCACGCAAUUCCUUUGGACUUGCGUCGCAAGGCAGCUCACAAGCGGUGAGUGGAAGUGGAAGCAAAACGGUUCUUCCGGAUUUGGAAACUUUACUCACAGCUAAAUCGAAGGAGUUGGAGUUUAAAGUGGAAUCAAAAGUGGAGGAAAAACUGGCCGCUCCACCAUUGGUACCAACGACAAGCGAACCAAUCAAUCAGCUAGAUGAACGAUGGUUAAAUCGGCUAUCGGGAGGAUCGACAGAAAAUAGUAAACCUGGUACCACGAAUACUGCCAGCGAGCGACCUACCAACUUUGGACUGAGAAAUAUAAAUGUUGCCUCACUCGCAUCGGCCACAAGCUUCGGUAUGUCUUCGUUAAGCGUUGCCGAUGAUAGCGUUGUAAAAAAAUCACCCAAAGCGUCGCCAAUGCAGCCCGGGAUCGAAAACACGGCGUACGAUGUCCCGGUGCAGUCGGAUUCGGACGGAGUGAUAGAAAACUCGGAAGACGAAUCAACGAAAACUUCCCCCGGCAUGAUGCACAUUGCUAAGAAGCGUAAAAUUUUCACUUCCAUCAAUCGAAGUCCGGAAGAUCGUGUGGAAAGUAAGGUAAAGCCUACUUCUGAACCGGAACAAGUACUGGCGGAUAAAGGAAAGGAUGUAGAAAAUCGGGACCCGUCGGAAGAUCUCCCUAAGAUUGCGGAAAUAGUUAGAAAAAAGCGAGAGGUGAAUGAAAAACCUCCAAAAACUAGUAAGAAAAAAGUUAUCAAACGACUUACAGACAAAACUAAAUCUCCCGUUGUGCCACGGGUUUUACCAAAACGCACAAACACUGGGAAAAGAUCUACCUACAGAGAACCGACUUUGGAAGGCAUGGGAGAAGAACCGGAGCCAGCGUUUUCUUCUGAUGAUGAAUAUAAAGAUCCAGACUAUAAAGAACAGCUCAAAAAGAAUGAAGAAUCGUUCCACGCAGAUAACGAUGAGGCGGAUCAGGAAGAGCCAAUGAAAAAACCUUCUCCACGUCCUAAAAAAGGGAAUGCCACGCGUUCCGUUGGGCCGAAAAAACAGCCCAUAAAAAGGGGACGACGGACAGUCAAAAGCUCGACGGUCGUUUCACCCAAGCUUAGUCCCGGUUCAUCAAAACCUGUCGGUAAAGCAAGAAAGGCAAAAAAGUCAACUCAACGUAAGAUCGAUGUAGAGGAAGAGGAGGUCCCGUCCGUAGAAGAACCGCAAGAAUACGUACCUGAGUUUGGACUUGACCGGUUGAAAAGUAUUCCCCGUAUCGACAUUAAAGAGCUUGUGCGUGACACGCAAAUUGCGAAUAAUUUCAUUACUGGGGCCUCGGAUGGCACCGGAGAAGGAGCCCCCGGAAGCAGCAACGGAGCAAACUUGGCUAGCGGAAAGGAUAAGGCACUGCGCAAAAAGAUGGCUGCCGGUAAGCUGAACGAAAAUUUCGUCCGCAUCGACAUCCGGAAGAAAGUGUUUGUAAAGGGCAAGAAAACGAUCAACUACAGCCGGUACAAGAAAUCGCAAUGGAAGGCAAAGAAAGCUGCUGCCCUGAGCGGGCCCGAUAUGGAUAUGCGGGGCUGUGAUGGAGGCGUACUGACCUGCUUCCAGUGUGGCGGUACGGGUCAUAUGGCGUUUCAGUGUAAAAAGCAGGCAGAAGAUAAGUUGCUCCCGUACGAUGCCGAUACGAUCGAAGAGUCAUCGUUUCCCACGCUUGAGGAGGCGGAAGCGAUGGUCAAAUCACAAACGGUAGUAGUACAUUCGAAACGGAUCGAAAAUCUUCCACCCGUUGCUAACCCUACCUGGAAGGAACAGGAAGAGCCGGAAGCGUCGCAAGAAGGGAAUGAUGAACCGAUCGUUCAAGAUCCGGGUGAUUGGGAGGAAGUAUUGAAGGAGGAACAGCAGCAGGACAACAGGAACCGGGAUAACGAGAAUGUAUCUUCUAAAGCGCCGAUCUACAUCGGUCAUAAAAUACCGGAAGAUUUUCUCAAACAAUCCAAACUCGUCGAAUCGACUGUUUCCGGCGGAUUUAAGGGUACGAUUGAGCCACUUUACCAGCAAAAUUUGGACGGUGGUGGGCUACCAGCAACACCGUCGGAAGUUUUUGAUGCUUUGCAUAUGUUUGGGCACAAAGCUUUCCGUCACGGUCAGGAACGGGCCGUUAUGCGUGUGCUGUGUGGAAUGUCUACACUUGUGACGCUCAGUACGGGCGCUGGUAAAUCACUCUGCUAUCAACUUCCGGCGUACCUGUACAGGCAAAAGCGCAACUGCAUAACGCUGGUAAUAUCUCCGCUCGUUUCGCUGAUGGAGGAUCAGGUGCAUGGAAUGCCGGAUUUCUUAAAUGCUCACUGUCUUCAUACUAAUCAGACGCCGAAGGUCCGCGAUCGUACGAUGCAAGCGAUAAGCGCUGGCGAAGUGGACAUUCUCCUAAUCUCACCGGAAGCGGUCGUAUCGGGCGAGAAAUCGACCGGCUUUGGAUCGUUGCUGCGUGAACUGCCUCCGAUAGCGUUUGCCUGUAUCGAUGAGGCUCACUGCGUGUCCCAGUGGAGUCACAACUUUCGUCCUAGCUAUCUGAUGAUUUGCAAGGUUUUAAAAGAAAAGUUAGGUGUAAAAACUAUUUUAGGUCUCACAGCGACAGCGACCGUCCAAACGAGACAAAGUAUCGUUUCGCAUCUGUCGAUUCCGGAUGGCCUACAGGGAAUCAUUAGCGAUAUUCCCCUGCCGGACAAUCUGUUGCUGACUGUUUCACGCGACGUAAACCGGGAUGCAGCACUGGUAAAUCUACUUCAAUCGGAACGAUUCAACGCUCUACAAUCAAUCAUCGUGUACUGUACACGACGGGACGAUUGCGAACGGGUGGCAUCGUUCAUACGGACCUGCUUCCAGGAUGCGGCACGUGCCGCCGCGGAAGCAAACGCGAACAAACGGAAAAGAUUAAACUACAUAGCGGAACCGUAUCACGCCGGUAUGCCCGCUUCCCGCCGACGCACUAUACAGAACGCGUUCAUGAGCGGCGAGCUACGCAUUGUGGUGGCCACGAUUGCGUUCGGUAUGGGUAUCAACAAGGCGGACAUUCGCGCCAUCAUUCACUACAACAUGCCGAAAAAUUUCGAAAGCUACGUACAGGAGGUGGGUCGCGCUGGCCGCGACGGACUGCUCUCCCACUGUCACCUAUUUCUCGACCAUAAGGGCAACGAUCGGAACGAGCUGCGGCGCUUUAUCUAUGCAAACUCGAUCGAUCGUCACGUGAUUCGAAAGCUGUUGCAAAAAAUCUUUGUACCGUGCGCUUGCACAAGGAUUCUCAAGAACAAAGACGUUGCGAAAGAGUUGCGUGAGGAACUAAAGGCAGUUAACGGUAUUGAUUGGGACGAUGAUUUUGAGGAAAUGUCGGCAAUCGAUGGGCCUACAAAGGCGGUUUCUACCGCACGGAAACGUUUGUGCCCGGGGCAUGAGAUAUGUUUUCCGAUCGAAGCCACCGUACAGCAGCUAGAUAUACCCGAGGAAAAUAUUGCGACCUUCCUUUGCUACCUGGAGCUGGAUGACCAGCGCUACAUACAGGCACUUAGCCCGGCCUACACAAUGUGCAAGGUAAUGUCGUAUGCAGGCGCACGGCCACUGCGACAAGCAGCGAAGGAAUGUCCACCACUGGCGAUGGCAUUUGCGCUCGACCUGAAGAGAGGUAUUUCGCACGCCACCUCGACUGCGAUAGAAUUUCCUGUGAUUGACGUAGCGUCCGCCAUUGGUUGGGACAGUGGUGUGGUAAAGUAUCAGUUAAAAAAUCUCGAAUGGACCACUGUUAAUAAUGCCCGCAAACGCUCACCACUAUCGGUGAUGUUUAGUGAGCUCGGGUUUCGGCUACGCGCUCCGGGUGACCUUACCGACGAAGAGCUGGAUCAGGCACUGGACGGGCUGUACGAACGCGUAACCCGCCAGGAACGUACUCAGCUGGCACAACUGCAGUACAUCUCCGAGGCAUUAGCUUCGGUAUGCUUCAACACCAUCGGUCCGGUGAGUCGUGUGGAUUGUCCCACCGGACCGUCGGACAAGUUGAAAACGAUCGUGCGGAAUUACUUUACGACGGAUAUUAGCAAAGAAAAUAUAGAAAUCGUACCAGAGCCUGACGAUACCACGGACGAGCAGUUGAUAGCGGACAUACGUACAACAAUAUGCCGCUAUCCAGAAAACAACUUUACCGGACGUGCGAUUGCAAGAUUGUUUCAUGGCGUGCAAAGUCCAAACUAUCCCGCAUUGCUUUGGUCGAGGUCAAAUUUUUGGCGUUCCUACAGCAAAACAGAUUUCAAUCGAAUAGUGCGCCUAGCAAAUGCAGAAAUUGUACGAAUGAGAACUUGA